CGUCAAGAUACGCCCAAUCUUUUCUAUCUUUGAUGGAUCUUGUUACUAGGGGGAACAACCACACAAGGCCAGUCUCGGUCUGAGGUACUGUACUAACCAGCACUAUAUACGCCCACGUACGGCGGCUUUGAGUCUGUUUAUCUAGGAUCAGCACUGAAGCCUAGUAUUUGUGUUGUUGGUGUUUAGCAUGGGUGUCAUGGGAGCUGGACGGAAACUCCGUGGGCGACAGUCGCCACCGAGAUGACCGACUAUCGCCGUUCGGAUGCAUGCAGAACAACACCAGGACGAGCCAAUCGGGUCUCAGGGCGUAAGCUAACUUAAGGUCCUCGACUGCCGUACAGAACUCAGCUUUCCACGGUCUCAUUACAGUCACUUCGUUUUGCAGUAAUAUUUGGCGUGAAUAUACUACGUCUUCACGCAGCAAUAGAUUCCGACGAAAGUCUGUCGCACUUACCAGACUACCUCGACAUGGCCACCCAGACAGAAGCUCAAAAUCAGGACAACACUGAGACCUCGCGCACUGCCAGUCAUACAGAUGAGAUGUCGUUUAUCAAAGAUGCAGAACGCCAGUCGAACAAGGGCGGCGAAUGGGAGGAUGCCGUAGAGAAGCCAGUACCAGAGGAUCCCAACGUCGUCAACUGGGAGAAGGAUGAUCCCAACAAGCCAAUGAACUGGCCAUCGUCCAAGAAGAUUGGUGUUGUGGCGGUCGUUGCAUUCAUAACUAUGCUUUCGCCGUUCGCGUCCACCAUGAGUGCCUCCGCUACUCCUCUGAUCAUGAGUGACUUUGGCUCGACUAACCAAACACUUGGCGCAUUUAUCACCUCGGUCUACAUUUUGGGCUAUGCUUUCGGACCACUGGCAUGGGCCCCGCUUUCCGAACUUUACGGCCGCUUGCCAAUUUACAACAUCUGCAACAUUCUGUUCCUGAUUUUCAGUAUUGCAUGCGCCGUAGCCAACAAUCUUGGCGCGUUGAUUGCAUUUCGCUUCUUUGCAGGUAUUGCGGCCAGCUGCGCAAUCACCAUCUCGAGUGGAACAGUGGCAGAUCUGUACCCGGUCGAGAAGAGGGGCAAGGCUAUGGCCAGUAUGGUUUUGGGACCCUUGUUCGGACCAGCGGUUGGGCCUGUUGCGGGUGGAUAUCUCGCGGAAGCCAAAGGCUGGCGAUGGACGUUCUGGCUUAUUACCAUCCUCGCCGGCGCCGCAUGUAUCAUCAGCUUCAUAUUCAACCGCGAGACCUACCCAUACGUUCUCCUAAAGCGGAAAACAGCAAGCCUCCAGCAAGAGACUGGCAAUACUAAGCUACGCUCUGCGCUCGACACCGGCCGAACCCCACGACAGCUUUUCAAAACCUCCAUCGUCCGCCCAAUCCGCAUGCUCUACCUCAGCCCAAUUAUCUUUUUUAUGUCCCUAACUAUGGCUGCGGUCUACGGCUACCUUUACCUCCUCUUAACCACCUACCCCCGCGUCUUCGGCUCACAAUACAACUUCUCCGAGAAAGGUAUCGCCCUCGUGUACCUCGGCGUGGGCGUUGGUUCCCUCAUCGGCCUCUUCAUUACAGGCGCGAUUUCGGACCGUUUGCUGAACCAUCUCGCGAAGCGCUACAAUAAUGGGAAGCCAAAACCGGAAUACAGAUUGCCCGUCAUGAUCAUCGGCUCAAUACUUGUGCCUGUGGGGCUGUUCUUGUAUGGCUGGUCCGCAGAGGAAAAGGUGCAUUGGAUUGUGCCAGUUAUUGGGACAGCAAUUAUCGGCGCCGCGUUGAUGAUUGUUUUCAUGCCCGGUCUUACUUACCUCAUCGACGCAUACACUGUCUACGCGGCGUCCGUGUCCGCAGCCGCCACCGUUUUCCGCUCGCUCCUUGGCGCGCUGCUCCCGCUGGCUGGCAGCGCGAUGUAUGAUGCGCUAGGUGUUGGGUGGGGCACCUCGCUGCUUGGCUUCAUUGCUGUCGCAUGCAUACCUGUGCCCCUACUAUUCUGGAUCUACGGCGAGCGGCUGCGGAACAGCAAGCGGCUU